AUGAUCUGCCCCAGCUGCAGCCGCAGCAGCAGCAGCCGCAGCAGCAGCAGCUACAACAGCAGCAGCGGCACUGUCGGUCUUGCGCUGCGCAGAGUUGCAGUGCUGCUGCUGCUGCUGUUGCUGCUGCCUUUGCUGCUGUGGAGGACAGAAGCUGGCGCCGUAUGCUGCAGCAGCUCAACCAGCAGCAGCAGCAGCAGCAACAGCAGCAGGGGGGUUGUGGGGUCCUGCUGCUGCUUCAUUUCAGCAGCCAGGCAGCAGAAGGGGGCCCCUCCAUGUUUUACUUUCGGUACCGCUUUGCUGCAGCACCAGGCAGCCUGCAGCAGCAGCAGCAGAGGCAGCAGCAGCAGCAGCAGAGGCAGCAGCAGCAGCAGCAGAAAGAUCAGCAGCAGCAGCAGCAAAGAUGCGCAUUGCCUGCGUGCGGUAGGCGCGGGCGUCCUUACUGCUGCGGCAGACCAUGCUGCAGCAAACAGCAGAAGGCAACAUCAGCAGCAGCAGCAACAGCAGCAGCAGCAACAGCAACAGCAGCUGCUGCAGCAGAAGCAAUGGCGGCUGCAGCAGCAGCAGCGUGAGGAGGAGAAACAGCAAAAACGAAGAUCCGGGAGAGGAGCCCAGAGGAGAGCUGCUGCUGCUGCUGCUGCUGUACCGACAUCGGCAGCAGCAGCAGCAGCAGCAGAAGCAGAAGCAAGAGAAGAAGCAGAGCGCGAUGCUGCAUUUGUGGCUGCCGCUGAGGAAGCAAUAGAGACAGCUCAAACACCUACGGAGCUGCUGAUGCUGCUGCUGCUGUCGAGCGACCUUGCUGCUGCUCCUGUUGCAGCAAGGAGCAGCAAGCUGUUGCGCAUGGGUUCGCAGCAGCAGCAACAGCAGCAGCAGCAGCAGAUAGAGCAGCAGCUGCUGCUGCAGCAGCACCAGCAGCAGCAGCAGAAGCUUGCAAAUGCUUUGGCUGCAGGGGACACUGCUGCACUGCAGCAGCAGCAGCAGCAGCCUUCGCUUCCCUUAUAUCUCCUUGCACGCUGCAUGCAGCGCCUUGCGCGGCUGCUGCAGCAGCAGCCGCAGCAGCUGCAGCAGGAAGCAGCAGCAGCCACGUACCGCAGCAGCAGCAGCAGCAAAGAGCACCGAAGGAGGCUGACGAGGUGUCUAACGAUGCUGCUGCAGGAGAUCUCCCUGCAUGCUGCUCAGCUGCUGUCUGAACCGCAGCAGGAGCAGCAGCAGCAGCAGCAGCAACAUCAGCAGCAACAGCAGCAGCACGAACGUCUCUCUUUGCUGCUGUCCAUCACACGCUCCCUCUAUGACUCGGGGUUGGCAGGGCCACCAAGUAUGCAGCAGCAGCAGCAGCAGCAGCAGUUGCUGCUGCUGCUUCCACAUGCUGUGCUGCAGCAGCUGAAGCCGCUGCUAGCAACCACUGAGCUGCUGCUGCGCCGCGCGGUUUCUGAUGAGCUGCAGUGGAAGCAGCAGCAGCAGCAGUUUCAGCAGCAGCAGCAGUUUCAGCAGCAGCAGCAGUUUCAGCAGCAGCAGCAGCAAGUGUGGGGUGGAGGUGGACAGGCGCUGCAGCAGCAACGGGAAGCUGCAGCUUUUGCUGCUGCUGCUGCUGCUGCAGCAUCAGAACGGUUGCGCUGGGUUUCAUUAUCGCUGCAUGCGUUUGCUGCUAUGAGGGGGACAGAUGGUUUUUCUGCUGCUGAGGCGGCGCUGCUGCUGCAGCGCUUCUUCAGGUUUCUCUCCAGGCACAGGGUAUCGGAUUUCUCUGCUGACGUUUGUCUGCGGCUGCUGCAUGCAGCGCAGCAGCUGGGGCUGAGGGGGGGCCCCACAGUUGCGUUGCUGCUGGCAGCAGCAAGAAGACACAGCAGCUUCUGGAUUCAGGGAAGCAGCAAAAUGCAGCUCUUCAGACUUGUUGUCGCCUUAAGCCAUUUGGGUGUAUCGGCAGGCGAUCCUCUCCUUGCUGCAGUUGUUGAAGGCAUCGCCCUACGCAUCCCUGCUGCUGAUGCUGCUGCACCUCCUGCUGCUGCACCUAGUGGUGUUGCUGCUGCUGCUGCGAGGUAUAUGACGAGCGCUACAUGGACUGCUGAGGAGAUUGCUGCUCUGCUGCGCUUCCUUGCUGUUGUGGGGGUCUUCCCCGACUGUCUGUACACCCGAGCACUCGCUGCACCGGUUUGGGGGCCGUUCUUCCUGCAGCUGCAGCAGCUGCAGCAGCAGCAGCAACAGACACAGCAGCAGCAGCUGCUGCAGCAGCAACUGCAGCAGCAGCAGCAGCAGCAUGAGUAUGCGCCAGCGUACAGUGCGUAUGACCAGCAGCAGCGCCCAGCAGCAGCUGCCGUGCACCUCUACGAGGCCCUCUUGGCUCGCUACCUACACAGACAGCAGCAGCAGAAGCAGCAGCAGCAGCAACAACAACAGGAGCAGCAGCAGCAGCAAGAGCAACAGGAGCAGCAGCAGCAGCAAGAGCAACAGGAGCAGCAGCAGCAGCAGCAGCAGCAGAAGGCUUCGGAGGGCUGGCCUUUAGAGAGUUCUGCUACAGCAGCAGCAGCAACAACAACAGCAGCAACAGAAUCAGCAGCGGGUAGAGGUGCUGGAGCUGAGUUGCUGCAGCAUUUGACUGAUGGUUGCUGCUGCUGGCCCCGCAGCUGGCUGCAGCAGCUGCUUGCUGCUGCCUGUGGGGCGCAGCAAACGUUUUGCGUCUCCGAUAGGCAGAGGCGAGCUGCUGCGUUGCUGCAGCAGCUGGGUCUUCAAGCAGAGCUGCAGCCGCGGACGCCUGAGGGUAUUUCCCCAGAUAUUGCAAUCUCUUUGCAGCUGCCGCAGCAGCAGCAGCAACAGCAGCAGCAGCAGCAGCAGCAGCAGCAAGCUGCUCGUGGCCUGGCGCUGCAGAUUGAGAGCAGCAGCAGGUGGAAGCCAACAGCAGAUCUGAGUCAGCCGCCGACUCUCUCCCCUUCAGCUCAAUUAAAAAACAGGCAAGUGCUAGUGCUGUUGUUGGAGGGCUUAGGAUGGCGUGUGGUGUCUCUGUCUGCUUCGCUGCUGCCGCUGACGGGCCCAGCAGCAAAGGAAGCAGCAAACCUCCUUUCUAAGCUUCCCCCAGAUGUGCAGCAAGCCAUACGCCAGCAGCAGCAACAAAAGCAGCAGAAGCAGCACCAGCAGAAGCAGCAGCAGCAGCAGCGGCAACAGCAGCAGCCGCAACCACAGGUAAGCAGGCCACCAGAGAGCAGCAGCAGAAGCAACAAGUUGCUGCUGAUGCAAACACUCGCAAGGGCCGCGAUGCGCAACGCUCUGUUCGAAGCCAGCAGCAGCAGCAGCAGCAGCAGCAGCAAGGGCAACAGCAGCAGCAGCAAGAGCAACAGCAGCAGCACCAAGAGCAACGGCAGCAGCAGCAAGAGCAACAGCAGCAGCAAACGCAGGAGCAGCAACUGCUGA